AUGACUACCUAUCUCAUCACUCAAGCAACAGGCCAGCAGAGCCGCUCAGUCAUCUCCCACCUUCUUCAAACUGGUGCUAAAAUCCACGCCGUGGUACGCGACCUCCAGAAAGUCCCAUCCAGCCUGCAACACCCCAGCAUCACUCUCUUCCAAGGAGAAAGUAAGAAUCUGGACGACAUCCUCCCAGCGGCCCAAGGUUGCAAGGGUGCGUUCUUGAACACAUUCCCUUACCCAGGGCUGGAGGUUUUGCAGUCCAAGACCAUGGUUGAAGCCUGCCAGAAAGCCGGCGUCGAAAUCGUUGUUACAGCUACGACCCAUGGUACCGGGAACAAGACUUUUUGGGAUGACGAUAUUAUCAAGGAGAUUCAGCUGCACCAGUACUUCUCCUCCAAGGCAGAGGUCGAGGAGAUUGUCCGCGCUGGUGGUUUCAAAUCGUACACCAUUCUCCGACCGGCUGUCCUCCAUUUUGACUUCUUCGUACCGGGUGUUUAUGGGAAUUUUCCUCGGCUUCCUACUGAUGGAGAAAUCGACGACAUUCUUGUUGACGGUGCGCGCGUGCCUUACACGGAUGCGAACGACGUUGGCAAGUACGCCGCGGCAGCCCUGCAGAACCCGACCAAGUUCAAUGGCCAGGAGAUCAACAUGGGAAAUGAGGUUUUGACCAUGGAGGAAGUGCGCGACAUUCUCGUCAAAGUGAGCGGCAGAAAGGUGGGAGUGACCAAGCGAACUCCCGAAGAGCUGGAAAAACUGGGCAUCAGCGUGUUCGGCCAGAAGUUCCAUCUCAUGUCCAAUGUCAAGGAUCUUAGCUGGACCACUCAAUCUUCCAAGGAUGUUGGAGAGAAGUUCGGCAUGCCCUUGGGUUCGAUUGAAGAGGCGUUGCAGAGAGACAAGGCUCUGCUCCUGCAAUGUUUGCCCGAGAACUAG